GCCACCCCCUUCCCCGCCCUGAGCAGCUCUCCCCAUUCUGCACCGUCCCGCCGAACGCCCCGUCACGGGUCCGGCCCGGCCUGGCCGCCGCGCCGAGCCGAGCCGGGCUCCGGCAGCGCCCCGGGCCCCGCCGGCCGGGCGGCGUUUGAGCCUCGGCGCGGCCCGUAGCCGCGGCGCCGCGCUCGGCCUCAACAUGGCGGCGGCGCUGCGCGGGGGGCGGGAAGUUUCGGGGACGCCUGUUGAGGACUUCAGCGAUUCUGGACCACUGUUACUGAAAUGAUAUUACAGGAGGCAGUGAUUGCAUUGCAUUUAUUGGAUGAAACCCAAAUAUUUACUUUCAGUCAAGUGGGUAAAACCCCCUAACUGCAGUUUACAUGUGUAGGUCACUGCGUUACUGUGUUAGUCAUUGUCUCUAUGCAGCAAUGACAAAGCUGGAAGAAGCAAACAGAGAAGUGAACAUGCACUCAUCAGUCAGAUACCUCGGUUAUCUUGCCAGAAUCAAUGUACUGGUUGCCAUUUGCAUGGGCCUUUAUGUCAGAUGGGAAAAAAGGGCAGAUGCACUCAUUUUGAUAAUAUUUAUUUUGGGGCUUUUUGUUCUUGGAAUUGCCAGCAUACUGUACUACUAUUUUUCAAUGGAAACAGCAAGUUUGAGUCUCUCCAAUCUUUGGUUUGGUUUUCUGCUUGGCCUUCUCUGUUUUCUAAACAAUUCUGCCUUCAAAACAGAUGUGAAAGAAGAAGCUACUAAAUAUUUGCUCCUCUCUUCCAUUGUUUUAAGGAUAUUAUGUGCACUUGUUGAGCGGAUUUGUGGUUGCGUCCAUCAUCGACCCACUCUGCUGACAACAGUUGAGGUUUUGGAGCUAGUUGGAUUUGCAAUUGCCAGCACCACUAUGCUGGUAGAAAGAACUAUGAGUAUUAUUCUGUUGGUCAUCGCUUUGGCCAUGUUGAUUAUUGACUUACGUAUGAAGUCUUUUUUGGCAAUUCCAAAUUUGGCAAUUUUUGGAGCCAUUGCCUCCUUACUCUUUUUUCCAUCAUUGCAAAUACCCACGAACCCCUUUGCCUUGGCAUGUUUCUUCAGCUUCCUGAUUUCAGAUCCACUUCUCGAUGUUUACUUCAGUGGACUUUCAGUAACUGAGCGAUGGAAGCCCUACUUGUACCGUGGUAAAAUUUGCAGAAGGCUUUCUGUCAUCUCAGUUGGAGUCAUUGAACUAAUCUUUUUCAUUCUUGCAGCCUUUAAACUCCGUGAUUUGGAUCUCUGGUAUUUUGUGAUACCUGGGUUUUCUAUUUUUGGAAUUUUCUGGAUGAUCUGUCACGUGAUUUUUUUUAUAACUCUUUGGGGGUUUCACACAAAACUGAAUGACUGUCACAAGGUAUACUAUACCCACCGUGCAGAAAACAACAGCCUUGACAGAGUUAUGGCAUCUAAAGGAAUGCGUCACUUCUGCUUAAUUUCGGAACGGCUAGUAUUUUUCAGCCUUGUCGCAACUGCUGUUUUGGGAGCCGUUUCUUGGCAGUCAACCAAUGGGAUUUUCAUGAGUGCAUUUCUCAUCGUUUUACCUCUGGAGUCCAUGGCUCAUGGGCUUUUCCAUGAGCUGGGAAACUGCUUGGGAGGAACAUGUGUCGGGUAUGCUGUUGUGAUUCCCACAAACUUUUGCAGUCCUGAUGGCCAACCAACUCUUCUUCCACCUGAGCAUGUACAAGAGUUAAAUCUGAGGUCUACUGGCAUGCUUAAUGCCAUCCAAAGAUUUUUUGCAUAUCACAUGAUUGAGACAUAUGGUUGCGACUACUCUACGAGCGGACUGACCUUUGAUACCCUUCAUUCCAAGAUCAAGUCUUUUCUUGAACUUCGGACAGCAGAUGGACCCAGACAUGACACCUACAUAUUAUAUUACAGUGGUCACUCACAUGGCACUGGCGAAUGGGCACUGGCAGGAGGUGAUGCUUUACGACUUGACACACUUCUGGAGUGGUGGAGAGAAAAGAACGGCACUGUUUGUUCUCGACUCAUCAUCGUUUUGGACUGUGAGAACUCUCAGCCUUGGGUUAAAGAAGUAAGAAAAGUAAAUGACCAGUAUGUUGCUGUGCAAGGGGCAGAAAUGGCCAGGGUUGUGGACAUAGAGGAAGCAGACCCUCCACAGCUCGGUGACUUCACCAGGCAAUGGGUUGAGUACAACUGUAACCCCGACAACAACAUCAGUUGGUCCGAAAAGGGCCGCACGGUGAAAGCGGUGUACGGUGUGUCGAAGCGCUGGAGCGACUACACUUUGCAUUUGCCAACGGGAAGCGAUGUUGCCAAACACUGGAUGAUGUACUUCCCACGUGUCACCUACCCAUUAGUACAUUUGGCAAACUGGUUUUGUGGUCUUAAUCUGUUCUGGGUCUGUAAAGCGUGCUUUAGGUGCUUGAGAAGAUUCAAAAUGAGUUGGUUUCUUCCCACAGUGUUGGACACAGGACAGGGUUUCAAACUCGUCAAAUCCUAAUUACGAACCAAAGAGGAAAUCAAGUGAGAGCUCUGGGAACUUUCUCACUUUACUGUACUUACAACUUUUUAUAUGAGUAUUUUUCUCUGAAAAAAUCUGCUACACUCACUUUAUUCAGCUCUUUGAGCAGCUACAGUAUAUGCAACAGUGAGAAACUGCAAUCUUGAGCAGGAGAGGGUAGGACUAUAAAAUUUUGUUACCGACCUGUGUGUACAUAUGUAAGAGACUUAUUUAAUAUGACCAUGCAUUUUGGAAACAGAUCACAUGCUUAUACACAUUACUUAAAGCAGCCUUCAUUCAGAGUCACCAGUUUGAUGGACAACAGCUUCUGUUAUCGCAUGUGUAUUUGCCUUAUGUCCACUGUAAGGUUCAAAUGCAGGAAAGGAGCCAAGCUAAUAUUCAAAUUAAUAUAUAUGUCCUAGAAAUCAUAUGGUGGGAUCAAGGGUAUUAUAAAACAGCACUGAGCCAAAAAAAAAAAAAAAAGAGAGAAUGAAUAGCCAUUGUGGGUAAGUAGCUACUGAGAACCUUUAUUUGCUUUUACAUCUUCAGCCCCUGCCUCAGUGCCUCUACUGCCAUCAGUGGAAAUUUGCCACAGAAAACAAGGAAAUCAGACAACCCUCUAAUGUUCUGAUGCUGUUGAGACAAUAUUUUCUGGAAUACAGUUUUAGAAACAUUCAGUGUUACUUUCAAAAUUCAGUAUCUUGCUGGUGACCCUUUUUUUUUCUCUAAAUAUUCCCAGUAGUUAAUGCAUAUAUGGAAUAAAAAGUGCACUGGGAGUUUUUCUCUCACCUGUUAGAGUACUUCUGUCUAUUCCAGGCUCUUCCUAGUUUGUAUUUUCAAAACCUACCCUGUAAAAAACAAAACAAAACAAAAAAAACCAAACAACCCCAAACUCAAGGAAUUUAACAAAGAAAAUAAUUUACAGAUAAAAACCAGAAAUACAAGCGUUGCCUUGCUUCCAUGUUUUUCUGGUCAUUGCUGUACCUAAGACCUUGAUUCUGUAAAAUGCUGAGUACAGGAUUGGACCAAUGAGCACAUUAUCUAUUAAACCCACAAGUGAAGUUACUCAGAAAGAACAGGAGUGAAUCCUGACUAUUCUUCAACUCUGUUCUCCCAGCCACAACUCUGUUCUCUCCUGAUCUUAAUCCUUCCACUUACAGAGCUGGGUGGGACUCCAGAAAUCCUGCCCUGGUCUUUCCCCUUCAGCCAGAGCAGCUGUAUAGCUUUCUGAUCUCAUUUUCUCAAGUGCAGAAAAUAAGGAGUGAAACAACUAAGUGGUUAAGACAGUAGAAUUUGUGGUGGAUUUUUUGCAUUUGUGUGUGCAGUCCAGUAGAUCUAGAUUUCUACUUUUUUUUUUCUGUUUCCAUCAGUAUUUUAAUAAAAAUAAUAGGCAUUAGCUGAUAUUUGUCUAAAAUAUAACUUAUUAAUUUUUGUAUUUAAAUAACUGAAAAGAAUCUACACGUUUUUGUCAAGGUUUUUUCUAAUUCCAGUUGAACUUUUUAGCCAGCUAAGUUAGAGAAUCUGCUAACACUAAACUCGUUAGUAACUCCUGAAAAUAAAAUGUGUGAUUAAGUUAUGAAAUCUGCAAUAGCAGAUUUGCACCCACCAAUUUCAAAAUGAUGAUUUUGUAGGAUUUACAAAUGGCAGCCACCAAGUUUCUUCGUUAGUGUGUAUUACAGAACUUUGUUUAGCCAGACACCACCCCCAGCCGGCUUUGCUUUUCUUCAUCCCCUUCCAUAAAGUGAAAAGGGCAUAAAGAAAUAGGAGAUGAGAUGAUGAGAUGAGACAUCCAACCACAACUCGCUUGCAUUGGGUCUUCUCUAAAUAAGUGCUGUGAUUGCAGCUCAGUCAGGGAUUCAAGAGGUGGCUGUUUUCAGUAUGGACAGGGUAAUCGCACCAUCUAACUUCAGGUAUCCAACUUAAGUUCAUAGCACGGGAGCCUGAGGUAGGAGUCAUCUCAUUUGAAUUCAUAUGUCUGAAAGCUAGUGACUUGAAGUGCUCCACUUCUCAUUAACAAAGAUGAAUAAAUAUUUCCAAAGGAAGAUUCAAUCUCUGUUUUAGAUUGAGUUUUCCUGUGAUUGUGCCUCUUAGAUUUGUUUUUGCUUUCAUAUGCUAAAGGCAACGCAGACAAAUCCCUUGUGUCUGUUGAAUGAUCUUAGAGCACUUCUGUUCUAAGUCAUCCUCUGGAGCCUGGGCUGGGUACACAAGCUCCUUGUUCAGGCACAUAAAUUGGAUACUUGAAGUCAGGCUGAAUGAGCAUCUGUCAAGUUGCAGAAAAGCAGCUCUGCCUGCUCCGCAGAAGUGAUUUUCAGCCAUUUCUGGCCAACAACCUUUGAGUAGAAAGAAAAAAGAUUGCGGAAAGACUAUCAUUUGGUUUGUAAAAUCACCAUUAUUUUGACUACUAUUUCAGGAAAAGUUCCUUUGAUGACAUCCUAAACUGUUCCAACAUGAGCACUAGAAAUUUUUAACGAAGUCCCCAUAAAGCAAUACUGUAAUACCUGAUAGUCACCCUGUGAACAUUGGAAAGUCAAGAAGUCAGUCCUUUCUGAUUUGGAAAAACUUUCACUAUCAACCAUAACACUUCCCAUUAAUUAUAAUGGGUAAAUCUUACUCUGUCCCUGCUACUGUUACAUUUUUAUGGACAUCACCUGUAUCUUUCUUUUUGUACAUCAAGGGGAACAGGAGAAGUGGGGCUCCCACCCUGUCCUGGGACUGUGAGCAGCCUCAAGUGGAGUGUCUGCUCUGCGUGGCAGUGGCGAGCAGGACAAACACAACAGUUGGUGCUUAUCUUUGGCCUCUUGUUUAUUAAAUGGUUUCAAGCUUACUUAUACUGUUAGUAUACUUAUACUGUUAUCUCUAGGAUAGACUGGGUGAUCUUCAGAAGUUUGCUGAAAGUUCAAUAGAGAGUCAGCUAAAAAUACAGCAAAAAGAUUACACGCAAAACUAAUCACGUGUUUGCAGAUUUUUUUUUUUACGUUUUCUCAAUUAAAGAAUUCUAGUUUUCUAAAUUUGAAAUAGUUUUAACAAGAGCUAACAUAUUCCCACUUUUGAUUUUCUUAUAUUUUUUAAACAGCAAGGCCAUGGUAAAAAUGCUGAUUUAAACUAAAAGAAAUGUUUACAGCCAUUCAAACCUCUGAGGCCUUUUUGGACAAAGAGACUGUCUUGUGUGUUCCAGAACACGGUAAAACCCAGGGUGUGGGAUGAUGAGCCACAGGAAUUCAACAGUAUUAAUUCUCUGCUUCUACACCAACGAAUACCAAGGUGUCCUCCCAUCACCCCUGUUCCCAGGUGGAGUUUUUCCCUGGCUCCUGGUGCUCAUGCACCUCUGCGGUCUCUGCCCAGCCCCAGGUACCUGCCUGAGGGACAACACACCAGAAGCUCUUAAGGGCAAUGAGGAGCAGGGGAUUCUCCUCGGCCCUUCCCUGUGUGGGAAAUACCUGAAAGAAAAAUUUAAAUCUCAUUCCAAAGAACGUUACAUAUGCUAUCAGUUAUGUACAGGUUGGUUUUCUUUAGUGAUAACAUGCUUAGGAAUCAAUUGUCUGGUGGAGAAAAUCCAAACCUUUUUUUAGAGGCUUGUCUCUGUACUGUAUAUUCAGGCAUUUUGUUACAAAGGUUGUUAUAAAUUUAUAUCACAACAGUAAUUUUAUGUCGACUUUGUUUCAUUUACCUCCUGUAUAGUAUCAACCUUGCUGAAACAUUCAAGUGCACUAAGUCCUACAAAUGUAAGUCUCUAAAAGGAAUUCAAACUGCAAAUUCACAAGUGUUUUUCUCUGAACAAGUAUUGGGUAAAAAAAGCCAUUCUUCUUCAUUUUUGCACUACCAGAGUUACCUAUUUGCAGUUGCUUAUACUUUGUAUGUCUCGUGAUUGUUGUUGUCCAGCCUUCAGUGCAAGAUUUUCCCAUAAAUAAUUUCCUUACCUUCAUUAAGUUUUCCCUUUAUUUUGCAAAGGCCUAAUGAAUGCUAUGCUAGCUGUAAAGCAUCUCUGUUGCCAGCAGUAGACUAUGUGACUGGGUGAAUUUUCUUGUUUAUGAAUACCUUUCUGUGGGACAGUUUUUACUGGACAUACCGAUUUUAGAUCUGUAAAUAGAUUUUUUUUUUUUUUUGUCUGUGUGUUUGUGACAUUACUUAAAUAUAUUUUGCUGGUUUGGAUGCUCA